GCCAGCGGGCGGGUACCGCUGCCUGCCCCCCCACUCCACCCAGCCACCGCGCACGCGAAGCGUCUGGUCGUCGUGGCAACGGGACGCGGUGCCGGUUGGUUGCGAGGCCGCCGCCGCCGCCGCCGCCGCCGCCGCCGCCGCGGGUCAUGUCUGGGAUCUUGUGCGAGUGGCUGAACGAAGAGGUGCAGCUCUCCCGCAGCCUGGUUCCAGGAUCAAUAUCGGAAGAGUUUUCUAAUGGCUACCUCCUAGGAGAACUUCUACAUAAAUAUGAUCUUCAGGAUGACUUUGAUCAGUUUUCACAGAGCAGGGUUGCAAUUGCAAAACUUAACAAUUUUUCUCGCCUGGAGCCCACGCUUCAUCUCCUUGGUGUGCAGUUUAAUGAGAAUGUGGCCCAAAACAUCAUGACAGGACAGCAUGGGGCUGCAACAAAGCUGUUAUAUGAAUUGUAUAUUGCCUUGGAAAAGAAGAGAAAGACAAAGCUCACCAGAGUAGCCAUGGAAGCAAUGACACCUGCAGCAACUGUAAAGCUUAAGUCUAUUGAAAGUAUUUUGUAUCGAGAGCGUUUGAAAACUUUAACACCACGUCAGUUUGAUUUGCAACUACAACAGAUCGCAGAGCAGUUUGAAAAAAAAUCUAAGGCAGCAGAAGAUAAAAUAGCUUGUAAACAUAUUGCAGAGCAACAGAAAAUUCAGAAGCUCCAAGAGGAAAGAAAAACGCAAGACAUUGAAAAGCAUCAUGUAGGAAGAAAGAGGCAAAAUGAAAUAAUGGCUAGGAUUCAAGAAGCCAUUUUACAGACUCCAAAGCCACCACCAAGCCACACCAUAAAAGCUAUUGAAGCAAAAAAAUUCUUAAGGAAAAAAAGAGAAGCAGAGGACGCAUAUAAGGAGAUUAGUAAAUUUGAGAAAUCUAUUGCCUAUGCACUACACAGCCAAAUCACUGACAGUGAUAUAGAAGAAUCAUUGCAAGCACAGAAGUUGCAAGAAACAAUUCCAGAAACUACAGAACAGACAGCAAGUGAGCUAUUAAGUGUUUAUUCAGAUGAUGACUAUGUAAGGAAAAUUAAAAAACGUUUAGAGGAAGAUACGUUUUCUAGAGAACAACGAGAAAAGAGACGGCGGAAAAUGUUAAUGGAUCAAUUAAUAGCACAUGAAGCUGAAGAGAAGGCUUACCGGGAGGAACAACUAAUUUACAGACUAUUGAGACAAACUCAGCAGGAGCGGAGGAUUGCUGUUCAACUCAUGCAUGUUCGACAUGAAAAAGAGGUGUUAAGGCAAAACAGAAUUUUUAGGGAAAAAGAGUAUAAAGAAAGACGACUGAAAGAAUUCCAGGAAGCUCUUGACAGAGAAGAGGCUCUUGCAAAACAAGAAAAAAUCGAUUAUGAAGAACAAAUUAUCAAAGAAAGAGAACAUCAUGAGAAAAUUGCUGCUGAAAGAGCUCAGGCACGUUAUAAAAAGCAUUAUUCUAUAUGUUGGGAAGUGGUCAACCAAAUCAUUGAUUUGUCAACACAAGUAGGAAAGUAUCGUCUUCUGACAAACAACAGAAUUCCAUUAAAGCUGAUGCUUGAUUGGAAGGAACUUUUUUUUAAAGGAAAACUGAUAUAUAAACAAGCCUCAAUUCAACCUAUGCCGAGUGAACCACACCCAGAACAACUUUUGCAUCUGAAUAAAUUGAAUCUUUUAGAUGAAAAAGAUUUUAGUGAAUACAAGAAUAUGACAGGGGAAUGGUGCCCAGAUGAAGAGAACUUUGAAAACAGACCUCCUCUUAAUAAUAACAUGUUGGGUCAUGUGCUUCACAGACUAAAGGAGAUUUUCUGUCCUCCAAAACCCAUUUCUUCACCUGCAUUUCCUCCAUUUCCUAUCAAGGGAUGUAUUUUGGGAAAACCUUUUAGUGGAAAAACUACCUGUGUAAAGUUUAUUGAAAAAGUUUGCAAUAUUCAGGUACUAUCUGUUGAUAUUUUGGUUCAAGAGGCCAUCCAAGCUUUUCUUAAAAAUGAAAUGAAAAGUGAGGAAAAUAUGAUUCCACAAGAGGCAGAGAGUUCUGGGGAAGAAAAUGAGAAGAACUUGCCACCACUGGAUGUAUUAAAGAAUCUUGAAACAGAAAUAUCUAUCAAUGGAACUGAAGGCAAUUUUCCUGUCAGAAAGGAUCCAUCUUGGCAAGAAAUUAAACCAGAUGACAGUCAAGAUGACCUAUCAAAGCUAUCUGUACGUGCCCAGCUUGGCGCUGCAUCACAGAAAUUGUUGAAGAAAGGAGAAAGUAUUCCUGAUGAAUUACUAAUUGACAUCCUAUUGGAGGCCAUUAAACAAAUACCACCAGAGAAGGGCUGGAUUUUGGAUGGUUUUCCGAUGACAAUUAAUCAAGCAAAGCUAUUUGAAAAAGCCUACACCGGCAUUGAUCCAGAAGCAGAAGAUGCAAACUCUGUAAAGUUCUCACUUGUUAUAGAUCCCAGAGCCCCUAACAAGCCUCCUGCUACCUCACCUGCAUUUGAUAUUUCUGUGUUACUGGAUACUUCAGACACUGUGAUACUGGAACGUGUGGCUAACUUGAAGUCAGAUAAAUCAAAGCUAUCUCAGACUGAACAGGAGAACAGAAAUCAAAAUCCAGAUGCUGUAAGCCCAGAGAAGAUUGACUUCAGCAGAGAUAAGGUGCUACACAGAAUUUCAGGCUUUCUAGAUACCUGGCCAAAAUUAGAGAAAUGGUUUUCAGUCCAUCACAAUAUUCUAGUGAAAAUCAAUGCAGAGACAGAAGAAAAGCUUGUGUGUGAAACUGUGAAGGAAAUUAUAAUAGAAGAAAUUUUCAAUAAACAGAAUAGAAGAUGUGCUAAAGAAAUAUCACCAGAAAAGAAGAUUUCACCAGUUGAUGUAAGUAAUACGGAUACACAUACACAGGAAGACCUGCUUCCUCCUAUUCUUGUGGAACCACCACCAAUUGAACCAGGAUCAGAUGAAUGGAUUUAUGUAGAUGAACCACUUCCCAAGGAGAUACCUGGUUUUUUAGUACCUUACUGGGAAAUGGUAGAAAAUACGUAUAUGAAUACCAUCAAAAGUAUACUUAGAUGCCUAAGGGAUGAACAGCAUUCGGUGAUUUAUUACUUAGCAGAUGUUAGAAAAAAAUUCCAAGAUUAUUUGAAGCAUCCUGAUAUUAAGCAGGAGUUUGUAUCUGUGUGGCAAUCAGAUUUUAAUUCAGUUGCUGAUGACCUGCGAGAAGAUGAGCAAGCAAAAGCAGAACUACACCAAAGAGUUACUGACCUAAGAGAUCUUCUUUGGGAUAUCUGUGAUAACCGAAGGGAAGAAGCAGAGCAGGAACGCACUGAUAUCAUGAAUGAUGGCUGGUUGCCAGAUCAUAGGGGUAUUGCAGUGAACCAUUUCUUAUCGCUUAUGCAGGUUGAAGUUGAUCGUUUUCAAGAUACAAAGAGAAUCCUUCAUGAUUAUUAUAGAGCAAUGGAAGGAAAAAUCCCAGCAGAGUACAGUCAAGAUUUUACUAGGAUCCCAUUGCUAGAUAUUAUGGAUUCAGAGCAAAAGGAAGAUCAAAACAACUCAAGAAGGAUUCCUCUAGUUUCUUGGAAAGUGCCUAUACCAGAAAUAUUUAUUACCAAGUCAAAACCCAAGGGAUCUCUGCAGAAGAGUCCUAAGAAUGAUAAUUCUGAAAAUGGAGUGGCUACUGUUAGAAAAGACGAAAGUCUUAUUACUGAUACAUGGCAAACAGCAGCAACAACAGUAUCAAAUAUGGUAACAGCUGAAACACAGUUCAGAGAAACUGAAGAAGAAGAAGAAGGUCAGCAGCUAAAUCUGAAAUCUUCAAAGCCAUCAAGCAAAGCUACCAAAGAUUCCAAAAUGCAAUCUCCAAAAAAAGCUUCUAAGAAGAAAGGGCUAUCUUCUACUGCAUCUAUGGGUGAAGACAGUACAGUUCCUAUAAACCCAGAAGAGUUAAAGAAACAAGAAAUGGCACUUAAAAUAAAGCAAGAAUAUUUCAGUGCCUUGAAGCAUGAGGAAGCAGCCAUAAAAUUUCGACUAGAACUUAUAAAAGAAAAAGCUUUAGCAUUUGUUGAAGAGCUAACAAUGAAAGCUGAAGAGGCUUAUAAAGAGAUGGAAGAGUGGCUUGGAUCCAGGUUCUUGGCAGAAAUGUCCAGUGUUGAAAAGCUGGUUGAGGUUGCGCGACAUCAUAUUGAGAGUUCUAGCAAAAUUCAGUAUGAAAUUAUUUUAGAAGAAACAGAUUUCUUCAUCAGCAGUGAUGUAAAAGUGUUUCCUGACCCUGUUCCUUCACCACACGUUCCACAUAUGGAGACCUCUGGAAGCAGUACUCUGACUAUGUCACAACUUACUGCACUUCAUAAGCAGUUUCUACAAGUGGCACCUAAAGCCAUAAAAGCACUGAAGCAAUUCAAAAGAAAGAGUAAUUCUUCUAGCAAGAGAGAAGUUGGUGACAGAGGGAAAGAGAAGAAAGAUUUGGAACAUCAGAGAACAAAGAGGAAUCUCCACUUUCCAAAAAUAUGGCUAACAAAAUACUCCUGGUUAAAAUAUGAUGGUGAAAGGGGAAUAAUGUUUUGUGCACCAUGUCGUAAGCAUAAUGUAGAUUUGGGGGAAAACAUUCAUAAUUUUUGUUCUGGCACUGAUGAUUUCAAGCUGGAAUUUAUAAACACACACCAGAGUAGUGAAGCUCAUGCCUGGGCUACCUGCAUGGAAGCUGCCACUACUGCGUCACCACAUACAGAUUCUGCUGAGCAGAUGUUGAAGUGCAUGAACUCCAUAACAUUAGGUAGAGUAGAAAAUAUUUUUAGAACAUGCCAUGCUAUAGCUAAAUCUGGUCAUCCCUUUACAGACCUUGACUGGAUGUGCAAACUAGAUGAUAUGAAAGGAGUGGAUAUUGGUUCUGUAUUUAGAAAUGACAAGUCAGCAAGAAUGUUUAUACAUUUUAUUGCUGAAGUGGAAAGAAGAGCUUUGAAAGAGAAAUUGGAGAAAUGUAAAUUUUUUUCUGUUAUUAGUGAUGGAGUCACAGACAGUAUACUAAAAAAGGCUGCAGUCGUCUACGUGCGCUUUGCAAAUGAGGGAAAAGUCCAUUGCCAGAUUGUUGGGGUACAACCUGUUCACAAAACUGAUGCUUCAACCAUAAAAAAUGCAAUUGAGCAAACAUUACAAAUAAAUCUUCAGCUCAGCCUUGCAAGCCAAGACUGGUCAAGAAAAUUAGUUGGGUUUGGAAGUGAUGGGACAGGUGUCAUGGUAGGAGAAAACAGUGGGGUAGCUAAACUCCUGAGGGAAAUUCAGCCUUGUAUACUGUCUCUACGUUGUUUUGCUCACCACCUAAAUCUGGUUUACAAAGAAGUGCUGGAAAAUGUGCAGCUGUACAACAUCUUAAUCAGCCUCCUGAGAAAUAUGUAUUACUUUUAUCAUAACUCACCGCUAAAUAAGAAUAAUCUGAAAGCCACGUAUGAAGCCAUCAAAUUACGCCCAGCUAUUCCUUCUCGCAUUGGAGGCUCCCAGUGGCUUCCUCGUCUACAAACAGCUCUACAAAUUCUCCUUAAAGGUUAUCCUGCAAUUGUUCUACAUCUGAAUAAGAUUGAAAGAGAUUCAACAGCCUCAAACCAGCAGAAAGUCAAAGGUCUUUUGCACCUCCUUCUGAAAAUGGAGAUAGUCAAGUUUUCUCACUUCUUGUUGGAUGUCAUCAAUGUGCUCAAUAUUCUGUCAUGUGUUACGCUGGAUCACAACUCCUCCAUUGCAGAUAUAUUUGCAACUGUACAGUUAACAUUGGAAACACUCCACAUGUAUCAAACAAGAGCUGGACCAAAGGAACGCCUAAUGGAGACUCUUCAGCUCUUUCAUGGUUAUCAGCUUAUUGGAAAUGGAAAUAUUUCAGCAGUACGAACCAAAGUACUACAUGGUCUGGUGAAUAGGCUACGUGAUUGUUUUUGCGAUGCAAGUCAAGAUGUUCUGAGAGCAACUACUAUUGGAAGUUUUAAACUGUGGCCUAGCAAAAUGAAACAAGGUUUUAUACAAAAGAAAGAAUUUAUUGACGCAUUUAUUGACAUGAUUAAUUUAAAUCUUGGAGCAAAUUGCCUUCCUGAUGCAUGGAUGAAUUUAACACUUCCACGCUUACAAAAUUUGGCAUCUGCAUUCUCAGUGAACUCAGAACUUACUGACUGGCGCAGAUUCUUGCUAGCAGCAGCACAGCCUUGGCCAGUACCAUCUGUGACACAACUUCUUGAAACGCUACACAGCUUCAAGUCUCUUGAUGUAGCUGGAUCAGGCUUUGUUACACAGGAACACUAUAUGCAGGUUGGUUUAUGGUUUAAUGGAAAUGAAGAUGUAAGCAUAACAGAAAGUUGCACAGAACCUUUGCCUUUAGAUAGGCUAAGAGAGCUCAUAAAGUUUUUCUUCAGUUUAUUUGCUGAUACCAAAAAAGAUCCUGCUCUGCUCAGCUAUACUGAGAUGCUACUUUAUUUUGCCUCCCACUCUGAUCCAGUUGAAGGUGUUUACAGAGCACUUAGCAUUGCUACUGGAACAUAUAUUCAUAGAAAAGAAGAUUCUCUUCCAUAUGUGGCUUUUCCUUAUAUCAACAUAGACAAAGAUGAGGAAACUUUAAUAGAAGAAGAAAAAGAAGUCCUGAAUUACAUGGGUGAAGGAAUAAUUUCAAUGGAAACUCUACUCAAAGUGUUUCGUACUGGAGGAAGUAAAGAUGAUGAUAAUAAUAGAUUUUGUAAUCCAGAGAAGGAAGGCAGCUAUGAUAAGCAUUUCAUCAGAAUGUACAAAGACUUAGGCAGUAAAGAUCUGACACCCAUUCCGGUUGCAGUCUUUUUGAAGCAUUCUUUCAUUCAAGAUUUGAUCAACAGCUAUCAAGAAUAUAAGCUUCCUGAUAUUAACAUCUUUUUCCAAAGAUCUGAAGAAGCACAGUCAUCUAAUGGAAAAAACAUCAUCAAUGUAUGGAGAAAUGAUCUUCAUGAAUACUAAGAAAGUUUUUUGUUUGUUUUUUUUUUUUAAGUUUGUAAGAAAUGCUUCUUGCAACUUCAGUCCUCCCUUCCAUGGGAAAGGAUUAUUUGUUUAUUAUUGUGAGAGUAAAAUCCCAUUGAAUUUACACAUUUUCUGUUACUUUAAAUUAGAAACCAACCAACCAACCAACAAGAAAAUACUAAGAGGAAAAGAUAGGGCUAGUACAUAUUAAAUAAUCUGAUGAUACUUCUAAAUAAAAUUAAACCAGUUUCUGAAUUUAAAGAAAGCUGACAGUGUGUUCAUUAAUAAUUGGUAUAAGAAUAGAGCAUAUCCAGUUCUAUUAAGUGAGCUAAGAUAUCUGGUCACCUUUUGUUAUGUGUAUACUUUAUUGAUUCAUAGGUUUCUUCAUUAAUUAAAUGAGUUUUUAAAAACUUGUUGCAAUCCAUAGCUAAUAAAAUAAGUAAAUGAAAAAACUGUUUUCUCAAAGUUCAGGAUAAACUACCAAAAAGACAUUAUGUACAUGAAAAUGGACUGCUUGUUGACAUGGAGAUGAAAAAUUUUGCUAGCCAACCAUUCUAUAUCUAACCCUUCAUUGCAGCUUAACUCUGCUCUUACCCACUAAACCCCUGCAGG